AUGAACAAUAAAACUAUCUUCUUAUCGCUGACUUCCCUUGGUCUAGGUCUAGGUGAUUCGUGGGCUGUGAAAAUACCUAAGGAUCUGUUGAUAGGUCAUCUACUAUCAGAUGGUAAGGAUGAGGAUAUAGGACAGAAGUGGAAUAAGGCUUUUUGGAUGACUUGGCCAUUGAGGUUGGAAGGAAGAUCGCUAGGUUCGAUCGUGAGAAUGAUAAGGUCUAGAUCCAAUGAAGAGGUUGAAGAGAGGAAAGAGGUGGAUAUGAGUGAGGAAGGAUACAAAGUGAAUAUCGGUCAGACAGUUGUGAAUGGUUUGUUCACUAUAGAAUCCAUCGACCAAAUCCCCUUUCACCUUCUAUCUUCUCCAACGUCCAAGUCCACGUCCACUUCCACGCAAAUCACUUAUUCAUGGGGUAACCUCUCACCUGCCUCUCCAACCAACCCUUCAUCGUGGAUAUCCAUCUCAAUAAGAGGUGGAUAUCACACCUUAUCCGUACUGUCCGAACCAUAUUUGAAUUCUCAGGUUCACUCGUCGAAAGAGAAACAAUUUAGUAGUAGGAGCGAUUCCGGUAACGAUGACUAUGUGUAUCUCGUAUUCACCGCUCAAGGUAUAUCGUCGACAUCAUCAUCGUCAAAUGACCAGCCAGGGAACCAAGGGAUGUUCGAUAAAUUGUUUAUUGAGUUUCAUAGGACUUAUUCUAGGGUAUUGGUCCAUUUGGCCAUUAGGCAGAUGGAUUUGAGCAAUGUAUCGGAAAAGGUGGAUCGAUGGCCUUGA